GUUACUUUGCGCUUGAAACUGCCAGCGCCAGAAUGCUGACCGUUGCUCUUCUUGCCCUUCUUUGUGCCACCGCCUCGGCCAAUUCCAUUCAGAUCAGGGCCUCCUCCUACAACGGAGAGUAUGGCGGCGGCGGCGGCGAACGGUUCUCUCAUUCUGGCAACCAGCUGGACGGCCCCAUCACCGCCCUCCGUGUCCGAGUCAACAGAUACUACAUUGUAGGUCUCCAGGUGCGCUAUGGCAAGGUGUGGAGUGACUACGUGGGUGGCACCCAGGGAGACCUGGAGGAGAUCUUCCUGCACCCAGGGGAGUCGGUGAUCCAGGUGUCCGGCAAGUACAAGUACUACCUGCGGAAGCUGGUCUUCGUCACUAACAAGGGCCGCUACCUGCCUUUCGGGAAAGACACAGGCACGAGUUUCAAUGCCGCCCCAUUGCACCCCAACAAUGUGCUGCGAUACAUCAGUGGCCGGGCAGGCUCCCUCAUCAAUGCCAUCGGCCUGCACUGGGACGAAUACCCCACUGACUGCUGAGCCCCAGCCACCUGCAGUGGGGGUAUGAGAACCCCUCACCACUCACUCCAUCCACGUGGUGCAACAAAACAAUAAAAGGGCAUGGCUAAGG